AUGGCCUCCCUUUUUGCAAUCGCUUUGUUUGGCCUCACCGCCGCAUUGCCAUCGGCUUCCCCUGAGCCCACUGGCCUUUCAUACUCAUCGGGCUUUGACAUGAGAACGAGCUGGGGGCAUCUCAGCCCUUACAAAGAUGCACCCGAAUUUAAUGUAUCCAAGGGGUUCCCCUCGGAGUGCGAGCUCUCCCAAGUGCAUGUGCUCCACCGCCACGCUCAACGGUACCCAACAUACUUUGCUUUGGAUGGUGAAGGCAUGGAGCGCUUUGCCCAAAAACUGGCAAAUUAUUCCAAGAAGCAUCCGGAGUCAAAGAUUGCUUCGGGCCCGCUGGACUUUUUGAAUGAUUGGGAAUAUCUUCUUGGCCUAAAUACCCUUCUUCCCACUGGUGCUGCUACCGAAGCCACUUCGGGCGCCUUGUUCUGGAGCGAAUACGGCCGACUACUAUAUCGUGCAAACGCCAGCCAAGCGACUUGGAAUUCCUCAUUGAAUGUAUAUCCCAAUGGUACAGCUCGACCGAAACCAACUUUCCGUACAACCUCAUACCCCCGGAUCUUGGAAAGCGCUCGAUGGUGGCUCAGUGGUUUCUUCGGGAACACCGGGGCCAACAGCUCAUACGCUGAGUAUGAUCUGACCAUUAUUCCUGAGCAAGAUGACUUCAACAACACGCUGUCAUCCACUAGCUCCUGCACAGAGGGCCUGGAGCCAGGUGACGUCUCUGGUGAAGCCUUUGCCUCGUCCUCUUUAGUGAAAAAUGCCGGCAAGCGUUUCGCUGCGUACUUGCCCGACGACCUGAAAUUAGACACAUUUGAUAUUGUGGCAAUGUUUAACAUGUGCCCCUAUGAGUAUGCCACUCUGGGACAAUCAUCUUUCUGCGCACUCUUUACCGAACAGGAGUGGCGUGACUUUGAAUACUUCAUCGAUCUACAAUUUUACGCUAGAUAUGGCUUCGGUUCUCCUAGUGGGCGUGCACAGGGAAUCGGUUACGUCCAAGAGUUAGCUGCUCGCCUGAAAUCCAAACUUAUUUUCAGCAGUCAGAGCAGCAUCAAUUACACCUAUGAUGACAACACCAAAACAUUCCCCUUGGACCAACCAUUGUACAUGGACAUGUCCCAUGACGAUAUCAUUGUCUCAGUCCUGACAGCCUUAGGGUUGAAUUACUUCAAAUACAGUCCCCGGGGGCUCCCUGAUUCGGUUGCACAUGCUCCACACCGCAGUUUCCACCUCAAUCGCAUGACCCCGUUCGGGGCUCGCCUUUUCUCUGAGAUUUGGACAUGUCCUCAGGGCGCUUCACUAGAGUACCUUCAACCGCAAAAGUACAAGAAUCCAGACUUAUCCUCCGAGUCUAAUACCACUGACUAUAUCCGUUUUGUCUUGAACAAUGCCCCUUUACCCCUUGAUGGGUUGAGUGCCUGCGAUGGGGCAGUGAAUGGAUUUUGCGAGGUAAACCGCUUCCUUGGGGCUGUUCCAAAUUUGAACCACGAGGCAAUGUACCAGGAGGCUUGUUUUGGUGAUUAUAACAUCACAACUCAAGUUGGUAAUGGACAACCCAUCAAGCGCUGA